AUGUUGAGAGCCAGGCCUGGCCUGGCCAGGGCGAGGGGAGCCGAGGCGGGGCGAGGGGAGCCGAGGCGGGGUGAGUGCCGGGGCAGGGCGAGGGGAGCCGUGCUGGGGCGAGGGGAGGCGGGGCGAGCCCUGCCGGGGAGAGCCAAGCCGGGGCGAGACGAACCCUCCCCUCGCCCUGGCACGGCUUCCCCCGGCACCGCCCGCCCCGGCACAGAACGGCUCCCCUCGCCCCGGCACGGCUCCCCUCGCCCCGGCACAGCUCCCCUCGCCACGGCUCGCCCCUCCCCGGCACGGCACAGCUCCCCUCGCCCUGGCACGGCUCCCCCCGGCACGGCCCGCCCUGGCACUGAACGGAACGGAACGGCCCGCCCCGGCACGGAACAGAACGGAACGGAACGGCCCGCCCCGGCACGGAACAGAACGGAACGGAACGGCACGGAACGGCCCGCCCGGGACAGAACGGCUCCUCUCGCCCCGGCACGGAACGGCUCCCCUCGCCCCGGCACGGUUCGGCUCCCCUCGCCCCGCACGGCUUGCACGGCUCCCCUUGCCCUGGCAGGGCUCCGCUUGCCCUGCCUCCCUUGGCCCGGCUCCCCUCGCCCCGGCACGGCUCCCCUCGCCACGGCUCGCCCCUCCCCGGCACGGCACAGCUCCCCUCGCCCUGGCACGGCUCCCCCCGGCACGGCCCGCCCUGGCACUGAACGGAACGGAACGGCCCGCCCCGGCACGGAACGGAACGGCCCGCCCCGGCACGGAACAGAACGGAACGGAACGGCACGGAACGGCCCGCCCCGGCACAGAACGGCUCCUCUCGCCCCGGCACGGAACGGCUCCCCUCGCCCCGGGCUCCGCUUGCCCUGCCUCCCUUGGCCCGGCUCCCCUCGCCCCGCCUCCGCUCGCCCCGGCACGCCUCCCCUCGCCCCGGCACGGCUCCCCUCGCCCCGGCACGGCUCCCCUUGCCACGGCUCGCCCCUCCCCGGCAUGGCACAGCUCCCCUCGCCCUGGCACGGCUCCCCCGGCAUGGCCCGCCCCGGCACGGAACGGAACGGAACGGCCCGCCCUGGCACGGAACGGAACGGCCCGCCCCGGCACAGAACGGCUCCUCUCGCCCCGCACGGCUUGCACGGCUCCCCUUGCCCUGGCAGGGCUCCGCUUUCCCUGCCUCCCUUGGCCCGGCUCCCCUCGCCCCGCCUCCGCUCGCCCGGCACGCCUCCCCUCGCCCCGGCACAGCUCCCCUCGCCACGGCUCGCCCCUCCCCGGCAUGGCACAGCUCCCCUCGCCCUGGCACGGCUCCCCCGGCACGGCCCGCCCCGGCACGGAACGGAACGGAACGGCCCGCCCCGGCACGGAACGGAACGGCCCUACCCUGCACGGAACGGAACGGCCCGCCCCGGCACGGAACAGAACGGAACUGCCCGCCCCGGCACGGAACAGAACGGAACGGAACGGCACGGAACGGCCCGCCCCGGCACAGAACGGCUCCCCUCGCCCCGGCACGGGCUCCGCUUUCCCUGCCUCCCUUGGCCCGGCUCCCCUCGCCCCGCCUCCGCUCGCCCGGCACGCCUCCCCUCGCCCCGGCACGGCUCCCCUCGCCACGGCUCGCCCCUCCCCGGCAUGGCACAGCUCCCCUCGCCCUGGCACGGCUCCCCCGGCACGGCCCGCCCCGGCACGGAACGGAACGGAACGGCCCGCCCCGGCACGGAACGGAACGGCCCUACCCUGCACGGAACGGAACGGCCCGCCCCGGCACGGAACAGAACGGAACUGCCCGCCCCGGCACGGAACAGAACGGAACGGAACGGCACGGAACGGCCCGCCCCGGCACAGAACGGCUCCCCUCGCCCCGGCACGCUCCCCUCGCCCUGGCACGGCUCCCCCGGCACGGCCCGCCCCGGCACGGAACGGAACGGCCCGCCCCGGCACGGAACGGAACGGAACGGCCCGCCCCGGCACGGAACGGCUCCCCUCGCCCGGGCACGGCUCCCCUCGCCCCGGCAGGGCUCUCCUCGCCCCGGCAGGGCUCCCCUUGCCCCGCCUCCACUCGCCCCGGCACGGCUCGCCCCUCCCCGGCACGGCACAGCUCCCCUCGCCCGGGCAGGGCUCCCCUCGCCCCGGCACGGCUCCCCUCGCCACGGCUCGCCCCUCCCCGGCAUGGCACAGCUCCCCUCGCCCUGGCACGGCUCCCCCGGCACGGCCCGCCCCGGCACGGAACGGAACGGCACGGAACGGAACGGCCCGCCCCGGCACGGAACAGAACGGAACGGCCCGCCCCGGCACGGAACAGAACGGAACGGAACGGCACGGAACGGCCCGCCCCGGCACAGAACGGCUCCUCUCGCCCGGCACGGAACGGCUCCCCUCGCCCCGCUCCCCUCGCCCUGGCACGGCUCCCCCGGCAUGGCCCGCCCCGGCACGGAACGGAACGGAACGGCCCGCCCUGGCACGGAACGGAACGGCCCGCCCCGGCACAGAACGGCUCCUCUCGCCCCGCACGGCUUGCACGGCUCCCCUUGCCCUGGCAGGGCUCCGCUUUCCCUGCCUCCCUUGGCCCGGCUCCCCUCGCCCCGCCUCCGCUCGCCCGGCACGCCUCCCCUCGCCCCGGCACGGCUCCCCUCGCCACGGCUCGCCCCUCCCCGGCAUGGCACAGCUCCCCUCGCCCUGGCACGGCUCCCCCGGCACGGCCCGCCCCGGCACGGAACGGAACGGAACGGCCCGCCCCGGCACGGAACGGAACGGCCCUACCCUGCACGGAACGGAACGGCCCGCCCCGGCACGGAACAGAACGGAACUGCCCGCCCCGGCACGGAACAGAACGGAACGGAACGGCACGGAACGGCCCGCCCCGGCACAGAACGGCUCCCCUCGCCCCGGCACGGGCUCCGCUUUCCCUGCCUCCCUUGGCCCGGCUCCCCUCGCCCCGCCUCCGCUCGCCCGGCACGCCUCCCCUCGCCCCGGCACGGCUCCCCUCGCCACGGCUCGCCCCUCCCCGGCAUGGCACAGCUCCCCUCGCCCUGGCACGGCUCCCCCGGCACGGCCCGCCCCGGCACGGAACGGAACGGAACGGCCCGCCCCGGCACGGAACGGAACGGCCCUACCCUGCACGGAACGGAACGGCCCGCCCCGGCACGGAACAGAACGGAACUGCCCGCCCCGGCACGGAACAGAACGGAACGGAACGGCACGGAACGGCCCGCCCCGGCACAGAACGGCUCCCCUCGCCCCGGCACGCUCCCCUCGCCCUGGCACGGCUCCCCCGGCACGGCCCGCCCCGGCACGGAACGGAACGGCCCGCCCCGGCACGGAACGGAACGGAACGGCCCGCCCCGGCACGGAACGGCUCCCCUCGCCCGGGCACGGCUCCCCUCGCCCCGGCAGGGCUCUCCUCGCCCCGGCAGGGCUCCCCUUGCCCCGCCUCCACUCGCCCCGGCACGGCUCGCCCCUCCCCGGCACGGCACAGCUCCCCUCGCCCGGGCAGGGCUCCCCUCGCCCCGGCACGGCUCCCCUCGCCACGGCUCGCCCCUCCCCGGCAUGGCACAGCUCCCCUCGCCCUGGCACGGCUCCCCCGGCACGGCCCGCCCCGGCACGGAACGGAACGGCACGGAACGGAACGGCCCGCCCCGGCACAGAACGGCUCCCCUCGCCCCGGCACGGAAUGGCUCCCCUCGCCCUGGCACGGCUCCCCUCGCCCCGGCACAGCUCCCCUCGCCACGGCUCGCCCCUCCCCGGCACGGCACAGCUCCCCUCGCCCUGGCACGGCUCCCCCCGGCACGGCCCGCCCCGGCACGGAACGGAACGGCCCGCCCCGGCACAGAACGCCUCCCCUCGCCCCGGCACGCCUCCCCUCGCCCCGGCACGGCUCCGCUUGCCCUGCCUCCCCUGUCCCGGCUCGCCCCGCCCCACCUCCGCUCACCGCCUCCGCUCACCCCACCUCCCCUUGCCCCGGCACAGCUCCCCUCGCCCCGCCUCCGCUUGCCCCGCCUCCCCUCGCCCCGUGCCCGGGCAAGGGGAACCCUGCCAGGGCAAGGGGAGCCGUGCUGGGGCGAGAGGAGGCGGGGCAAGCGGAGGCGGGGCGAGUGGAGGUGGGGCGGGGCGAGGGGAGCCGGCUGA